AUGAGCAAGGGCCGGCACCGCGGCGGUGGGAGCGGCGACAGAGGUCGGCGCGGCGACGGCGGCGGCGAUAGCGGCGGCGGCAGCGGAAGACAUCGUAAAAGGUACAAUAUACAAGGUUCUAACACGAGUGACGCCGGCCUGAUCAAGGUUAUCGAUCUCCAGUCCCUCGGCCUCGACGGCACCAUCGACGCGGAGCUGCUCUGCGCCGCGCCGGCGCUCCGCGUGGUGAGCCUGCAGAACAACACGCUGCGCGGCGGCCUCCCGGCGGGCGUCUCGGCCUGCUCGGAACUCACCCACCUCUACGUCAGCCGCAAUUGGCUCUCCGGCGCCCUGCCGAGCUCCCUCGGCAACCUCGGGAAGCUCCACGCGCUCGACGUCUCCAGGAACGACUUCUCCGGCGAGAUCCCCGCCGGACUCAGCCACCUUCACGGCCUCAUAAGGUUCAAUGCCAACGACAACCACUUCCAAGGCACCAUUCCUGAUUUCGACCUCGCCAGGUUCGAGAGCUUCAAUGUGUCCAACAACAACCUCACCAGACCUAUCCCCAAGAGCACCGGACACUUUCGGCGCGACAGCUUCGCCGGCAACGCCCCUGGCAUGUGCGGCCAACCUGUGUUCCCCGUCUGUCCCUCUGAGGAAAGCAAAUCAAGGAAGACGCAAAGUCGUGUAUGA